ACUUUCCUUUAUCCAAAAAAUCUAAUCUCAAUUAAAUUAAUUAAAUUAAAUUAAAUAAUAAUAUAAAGAACAAGAUAACCCAACAACAACAACAACAACGCACACUGUUUCGAAUUUCAAUUCAACUUUUCAUUUUCUCUUCUCUUUUCCCAAUUCUUCAAUUUUUCGGGUUUUUGAUUAAUCCAAUGAGCGAUCACUUGGUACUCAUCGUUGACCAACUCGUCCGCCCAGUUCCUGUUGUCGACCCUGUUCACCUUCCUUCCGAAUCAUCUCCAUCUCCGCCUACCGUCGAUGAAGCUUCCGGAUCAUCCGGAUCUGCUUCAUCGAUGGAGGAUCGGGAUGGCAAUGAUGAGGAGGAGCCGCUGAUCCAGAUGGUUGAGUGCCGUAUCUGUCAGGAAGAAGACAGCGUUUCCAAUUUGGAGACUCCUUGCGCCUGUAGCGGUAGUCUUAAGUAUGCUCACAGAAAGUGUGUCCAACAUUGGUGCAAUGAGAAAGGAGACAUUACUUGUGAGAUAUGUCAUCAGCCUUAUCAACCUGGGUAUACUGCCCCACCACCUCGUCCUAACCCUGAAGAAACCACUAUUGAAAUAGGAGGAGGCUGGACAUUAUCUGGCUCACCCUUGGACUUGCGUGAUCCUCGACUAUUGGCAAUUGCAGAGGCAGAACGUCAAUUCCUGGAUGCUGAAUAUGAUGAGUAUGCUGCUUCUAAUGCUAGUGGAGCUGCAUUUUGCCGCUCAGCUGCUCUAAUUUUGAUGGCACUUUUACUUCUGCGGCAUGCACUCUCUGUAACAGAUGGUGAUUCUUCUGAUGAUGAUCCAUCCAAUUUUUUCUCUCUUUUCUUGCUUCGAGCUGCUGGAUUUCUUUUACCUUGCUAUAUUAUGGCUUGGGCAAUCAGUAUUCUGCAACGCCGACGACAAAGACAAGAGGCAGCAGCACUAGCAGCAACCCAAGUUGCUUUUGUUCUAAAUUCUGGGCAGCGUAGAGGCCUACACUUUGCAAUAGCACCAGCACCGGCACCAGCACCAGGACCUACAAUACAGCAAGAACAAGUGUAGUAUGUAUGUUUUAUGUGAGACGUCAUGGCAUGUAUGCCAUAUGAAGAAGGCUUGUUGAGAUGCCAUAUAUUGUUAAUCUUGAUUUUCACAGCUCUACUAUAUGUAUGUACAUAUACCAGCAGCGGUAAAUCUGCAUGAAUGCAUUAUUACCCAUUCAAUUUAUCGAUAUGUGAAAUGUAUUUGAAUUUAUACGCGGCUAUAAUAAUUAGAGGUUUAUAUGUACAAUGAUGAUUAAGGAUCUCAUUUUCGUUCAAUUAAGGAUUAUUUCGAUAGCA